CAUGUACCGAUGUCUAGCCACUAAUGAGAUUGGUUCCUUAAGCCAUGCUGCGAAGAUCAACGUAAUUGGACCUCCCUUUGUCAGGAUAAUGAAGGAUAUUGCUGCUGUGGAAGGAGAUGUGCUGGUGGUGAGGUGCCCAGUCGCCGGAUAUCCAGUUGAAGAAGUCUACUGGGAAAAAAAUGGUCGCCGGAUUCCCUACAAUCACAGGCAGAGGGGAUUCAAAAAUGGUACACUAAUUAUUCGAGAAAUAGAUCGUAGAAGCGAUGGCGGUGAAUACAGAUGCAUUGCAAGAAACAGUCAAGGGCAGAGGGGUGAGAGGACAUUGAAUAUUAGAGUUCUAACUCCACCAGUUAUAGAACCUUUUCACAUACCAGAAGCCAUAGAAGAAGGCGCUCGAUCCAAACUCCUGUGCUCUGUGACAAAAGGAGAUCCACCAAUCACUAUACAGUGGUUAAAAGACUCUAAACCCCUAACUCCAGAUCUAGGAGUGACGGAAACUGUGUUAGACGAGUUUUCGAAGGCUUUGUUAUUUCCCAGAGUGGAAUUAAGACACAGGGGAAACUACACUUGUACUGCAAGGAAUAUGGCCGCUUCUGCGAGUUUUACGGCUUCAAUGGUAAUCCAUGCCCCACCUCGCUGGACCACAGAGCCACCACAUACAGAAGCUGUUCUGGGGUCUGAUGUGAUAUUGAAUUGUGUUGCUGAUGGUUUUCCCAAGCCUCAGAUACUUUGGAAGAGAGCAGAAGAUACUCUGCAAAGUGACUACAACACACUCUUGACUGAUGCACAUAUCCAUACCCUUGUCAAUGGAUCUCUGUCUAUACGGAACGUUGAGAAAUCUGAUGAAGGAUAUUAUAUGUGUCAAGCAUCUAAUGGUAUUGGUUCAGGAAUCAGUACAGUAAUUAUGCUAAAUGUUCGAGUGCCGGCUCAUUUUAAAGAAGAAUUCAUGGCGGAAACCGUUCGAAGGGGAGAAAAAGUUGUAGUAAAAUGCCAAGCAUUUGGAGACAGACCACUUACUGUCACAUGGAAGAAAGACGGUCAGCUUUUGGAUAAACAGGCCGAAAAAAAGUACACCAUUGACGAAACCAUGACGGAUGAAGGUGUGACAUCGGAAGUUCACAUUCAAUCAGCUGAUCGUAGAGAUUCUUCGUUAUUUACAUGCGUUGCAGAGAAUUCCUUUGGCAAAGAUGAAAUGAAUAUUCAAAUCAUAGUCCAAGAAAGACCAGACAAACCAUUCAAAGUAGCAGCGCAUGAAAGUACGAGCAGGAGCAUUUCUCUUUCUUGGUCACCUCCUUACUCUGGAAAUAGUCCUAUUUUACUCUAUACGAUACAGUACAAACCUAAUACAGGUAGCUGGAAGGAUGACGCAAAGGAAAUUACAGCUUCUGGGGCCGAUAGUAAAGCUAUGAUAACAGGACUUCUCCCAUCAACAACUUACCAUUUCCGAGUAAUGGCAGAGAAUUCAUUCGGGAAAAGUGACUACAGUUCAUAUGUAGCUGCAACGACGGACUUAGAAGUUCCUGGAGGUCCACCUUUAAACGUUCGAGCAGAAGCCGUAGGCUCACAAGCAAUCCGAGUAAGCUGGCAGCCUCCAGCACCCAAUCUACAAAAUGGCAGAUUAGCUGGUUAUUAUGUGGGUUAUAAAGUCCACGGUUCCACAAAACCUUACACGUACAAAACGCUGGAAAUCACUGACGCUUUCCGAAAUGAGUGCCUCAUAACGAAUCUGAAGAGGGUAACAACCUACAGUGUAAUUGUUCAAGCCUUCAAUAGGCGUGGUGCUGGCCCACCUUCAGAUGAAAUCAAAGUUCGAACAAAAGACAAUGAUCCGCCAACAAAUCCGAUUAUGAGCGUCAGUGGAACGACCCAUACUACCAUCCAAGUGCAGUGGGAAAUACGGUCUUCAGCUUCUAGUCCAAUUGAAGGUUUUCAUCUUCACUUCAAGCGAGAAUUAGGCGGUUGGCAAGAAAUACAGGUGCCAAGCAAUAAGAGAGAAUACACUUUUGAAAAUUUGCAGUGUGGUACAAGGUACCACUUUUUCAUGACUGCUUUUAAUGAAGUUGGAGAUGGACUACCUAGUGAUGCUGUUACUGCCAAGACACUGGGGGUAGCACCCAUUGCUCCAAGCCAGCAUAGCUUUCUGCGUGCAAAUGCCACGCACGCCGUCCUAUACCUUAGUGAAUGGAAUGAUGGAGGUUGUGCUAUCACGUUCUUCGUAAUCCAGUACCGCAUGAAGACACAUAGAGAAUGGACGCUUGUGUCUGAUCACGUGCUGAUGCAGUCAGAACCCUUUGAACUGGAUGGUUUAACGCCUGGAACUUGGUAUAGACUCCAUAUUAUGGCUCAUAAUGAUGCUGGACCUACUCAAGCGGAAUACACUUUCAGCACCAGUAUAGUUAAUGAUGGAAACUCUAUCACACCCAUAAUUAAAGGCACCGCUCCAUUUUAUACAAACCUUGCCAUCGUUGCACCAGUCGUAGUAACCGUGGUGAUUCUUAUAUCUGUGUUGAUUGUUGUCUGUGCCCUGAGCAGACGCAGAAGAAAUGGUGAUAGGCAGUAUGAUGAUACACAGAGUGUUCGAAAAGAAGUGAAUACAGAGGCAGUUCAGAUGUCAGAAUAUGAAGUCAAGCAAGACGGCACUUACGUCCAAACCAAAGAUUCCAUAUAUUUUCCUUCGCCAUAUGCUACAAGUAGAGUUCCCGUAUUUUCUUUAGAUGAACGAAGUUCAGGGGAGAGCAGUACAGAUGGCAGAUCGACGCUUCACGACAUAGAAAGACCAUACGAUGUUCCAUUUGCUGUUAAACAGGCGAGUAACACGAAACAUAUGAAAGGGGGUAAAGCUCUAACGCAAUCGGAAGUUGAGCACAUGUACAGUUUUCCAAACAGGCAAUCAAGUGGUCAUCAUCAGUCCACCGGAUCUAACCGGAAGGAGUCCGGAUCAGGACGUCGUUGGUCUGCGGAUGUCGAUGAUGAAUACGUCCCAGGCAAUAACGAUUCAAGACCCCGAUCCACUGCAAUUUCUUCCUCCAGAUGGCAGUGCGGUACCAAACAAGGUGCUCCCUAUGCUAAAACAUGUCGGGAUGGGUAUGAGGAGGAUGAUGACUGUGGAAGCCCCUUUCAUGUACCCGGAGCACGUGACAUAGGAGAGAGUAGUGAUGCUGAGUGUGACAGGGACCAGAUUCUAUACGUCCAUACCGACGCAGGUUCCUUUAUAAGUGCUAAAUUGCCGUACCAUAUCGCCUUGGGAAAGCAGGUUAUGUUCCCCUCCAGGACAAGAAUUGAAGCCUGAAGCAUUUCGGCCCAGCACAUAUUGAACAUGACUAACAAGCUGUCUCGUGUUUAAUGUACUUUAUGAAGAUAAGGACUUCCAACUAAUUCUGUAAAUGAAAUAUAAAGUUGAAUGUGAAAAUGCUGCAAUAAAUGAAAGAAUGUUAUUUUGUAACUUUCGAUGCUAUUGAUCAGUGUUGAUCAGCAUCACAAGUGAUUCAGACACUUGUAAAUAUUAAAUGUUUGAGUUUUUUAAUAAUGUGAUAUAUCGCCAAACAGAAAUCAUGUCAUCAAAGCCUAAUCUUUUCCUCCUCAUUUAAUUGGAACUGUGAUGAAAGAACUAAGACAAUUUAUAUGAAAGGUGUGAUAAUUAGAAACUGAAAAGCUACCUAUAUGGUGCAUAAUUUCAAAUAAUUCUCGUGUGUGAAAACAAUAAACAAUUAUAAUGUUUGUCACUUUUUAAAUUUGAUAUGCAUUUGAAUUUUCAAGUUUUAAAAUUAGAAGCAUUUUAUGAUUUUAAAUGUUAUUUAUGUAAGAGAUAUACAGUUUUGUACGUGUCGUGUAUGCAGCAAAGACAGAUUUAAAUACCUUUUCUCUUUUUUUUUGUAAAUUAAUUCAAAAUUACGAACUCGAGUUAAUUUAACCAAAAUGUCUAAACAGCUUGGUUUCUUAGCGUGUGAAAUCAGUGUACAUAUUUAACAUUUUAGGUAAUUAAUAUAUAGGUUAUUUUAUUUUAUUUUACUUUAUUUAUUAUCCCAAAGGAGCAUUAGCUCACAAGAGCCAUUAGUCUUGAAACGGGAUGUUACGUUGCAUCACUAUAAACGGCUGAAUCACCUUGUUGCCACCAAAAAUUAUCGCCGUAUAUUAUAUUAAAAAAAUUAAAUAAUGAAUAAUCUACAUGAAAGAAUAUAUGAUUCUCGCAUUGUGAAAAA